AUGUGUGCCCAUUUUGCCCUUCACAACUGUCGCGUGUCUGUGAUUUAUCACUUAACAAUGAAAAUCGUCUACCAAAACGUAAUUUGGCUCUUAAUUUUUGUCACUUACAAUUAUUUCUCCUGUCUCGCUGAAAAAAACAAAAUAACAGUCGGUGCUUUUUUCGAUCAUGAAGAUGUCCAGUCCAAAGUGGCCCUCGACUACGCCAUAGACACCGCAAAUGUGAUGCAACAACAUUUGAAAUAUGCCCUCAAAACCCAAAUUUUAGCUCAGAAUGAUUCGUUUUAUUCUUGCAAACUUUUGUGUAAUGUGACGCAAGAAGGGCCCGGAUUGGCUGCAAUUUUCGCCUCAAAACCUAUUUUCGAAUCACUGAGUAAUCGUCUGGAAAUACCUUUCAUUUUGACAAAAUGGCGCCCUGCCUCGUAUUCAAAUAAACAAAUGACGGUCAAUUUUUACCCCGAUUCGUAUUUGUUUUCGCACGGUCUUGCGACCAUCGUAAAGAAUUUACAGUGGAGGAAUUUUGUUAUACUUUAUGACAAUGAUAAAGGUCUUGUUAAGUUACAACAAAUCUUAAAAUUGAAUAAUUUAAAGUCCGGUUCUGUGAUUGUAAGACAGUUGGGGACAGGACCGGAUCAUCGCCCCCUCUUGAAAGAAAUCCGGGCUUUGAAUCACAACCGGAUUAUUCUCGACUGUGCCACUGAAAAUAUCAUCGAAAUUUUGAAACAAGCCAAAGAAGUCAACUUGAUGGAAUCGUCCUAUUUUAAUUAUUUUUUAACAUCUUUGGAUGCACACACUUUGGAUUUUUCAGUUCUAAACACCACUGCCAACAUUACAACAAUCCGAAUUUUGGAUUUAAGCCAAAAUUGGCAACAACACAGUUUCAAUUAUUCGAUCCGAACUGAAACGGCCCUAAUUCAUGACGCCAUUCAAUCAUUCAUCACUUGCGUUAAUACUCUCCACGUGACCGAUCCCAUUGAACCAGCACGAAUGGUUUGCGAUGGUUUCCAAAAAUGGUCGCAUGGUUUCAGGAUUAGUUCAUUCAUGAAAGUCAAGGAAUUUUCUGGUGUUAGUGGCCCGAUUCGGUUUGAUUCCUCCGGUCGGAGAGUCAAUUUCACGAUUUUUGUGGUCGAGGGAAACCGUGAGAAUGUCGUGGCGAAAUGGGCCCCCGAAAAUCCAGAAAUUUUGACUUUCAUGCGGGGUGAAAAUGACAGUUUUGAUGCCUUGGUUAAAAAUAUGCAAAAGGGUGUUUUGAUCAUUUCGUCAAGAUUGGGUCCUCCUUAUUUGAUGGAACGCAAGCCUCGUUACGAGGGCGAAAUCCUGACGGGGAAUGCCCGUUACGAGGGUUUUUCCAUGGACCUCAUAGAUGCCAUAGCGAAAAUUUUGGGUUUUAAAUACGAAUUUCGAUUGGCAAAAGACGGAAAAUACGGCAAUUAUGACCCCGAGACCAAAUCUUGGAACGGUCUUAUUAAAGAUUUACUGGAUCGAAAAGCCGAUUUGGCCAUCUGCGAUCUGACAAUCACUCAUCAAAGACGAGAAGUGGUCGAUUUCAGUAUGCCUUUUAUGCGUUUGGGGAUUAGUAUUUUGUACAAAAAAGCUGAAGAGAAAGAUGUGAAUAUUUUUGCCUUUUUAGAGCCUUUUUCACCAGAAAUUUGGAUUUACACAGCCACUUUGUAUUUAGUUGUUUCAGUUAUUUUGUUUUUGGUGGCAAGAAUGGCCCCCAAAGACUGGGAAAAUCCACACCCGUGUAACCCCAAUCCUGAAGAAUUGGAAAAUAUAUGGAACCUUAAAAAUUGCUUAUGGUUGACUUUGGGUUCCAUAAUGACCCAAGGUUGCGACAUUUUACCAAAGGGAAUUUCGUCACGCUUGGCAACUUCAAUGUGGUGGUUUUUCUCUCUAAUUAUGACAAGUUCAUACACAGCCAACUUGGCCGCAUUUCUUACAAUGGAACGCUUGGAACCAACUAUCGACGGUGCUGAGGCUUUAGCCAAACAAACGAAGAUCAAAUACGGAACAGUUGAAGGUGGAGCAACUCAAGCCUUCUUUCGCGAAUCAAACUACUCAACGUAUCAAAAAAUGUGGACUACUAUGACUCAAGCAAAACCAGGUGUUUUUGAAAAAAAUAACGCAGAUGGCGUGAAACGAGUCCAAACAACAAAGAAUCGGCUCUAUGCCUUCUUGAUGGAAUCGUCGCAGAUUGAGUACGAAAUUGAGACCAAGUGUGACUUGAAACAAGUCGGGAAUUGGUUGGAUAACAAGGAAUAUGGCAUUGCCAUGCCCAUCGAUUAUCCCUACAGGAGUGCCAUAAACACCGCCAUUUUGAAAUUACAGGAAGAAGCAAAAUUGACCGAAUUGAAGAAUAAAUGGUGGAAAAAAAUGCGAGAUGAACCGUCUUGUCCAAUAAGACAGUCGGAAAAAACCUCAACAGAGUUGGCUUUGGAUAAUGUUGGAGGGGUGUUUCUAGUACUGGGAGUGGGGAUGGCAGUUGCUUUUGUUUUAGCCACCAUUGAAUUUUUUUGGAACGUUCGAAACGUUUCAGUGGAGGAACACAUGACGUAUUUACAAGCACUCAAGGUCGAACUAAUAUUCGCGUUAAAUGUAUGGGUCACGAAAAAGAGAACCAAGCCAAAAAUUUCCGAAACAAAUUCGCUAAACGAUUCGAAAAGUCACUGUGUUUAAUCAAAAACGAAAGUAAAAAAUUAUGUUUAUUAAUCAAAAAUAUUGUUUUUAUAAAUAACAUGAAUAAAUAUCUAUCUAUCUAU